UGUUCCCACGUCCGCCGCCGUCGUCUCCGCCGCGCAACCCACUCUGUUAUUCCCGCGCCGCCCAUCUCCAAUCUUCCCUCUGCCAGCACCUCCUUAAAAGCCCAACGUGGCUUCGCCUUUAUCGACACCUCUCCCGCAUCAUCGUCCACCUCCGCCAAUGGCUUUCCGCGGCGACUUCGAAAGACCGCAAACCUCGGCCCCGAGCGCGUCCGAGUCCCUCGUAUCCCCUCGAUUCGUCUCCUACUGCUGUGGCUCUUGUGGCUACGCACUGAAUCUGAGCUCCGCCGAUCGGUACAUGACCAAUAUCGGCGCCAAAUACAGGAAGUCCAUCAAGAAGGGGAUCGUUUCCUUCGUGUCCGUAGACGAGAGCCGGUUUUCUCAAGUCGAGGAGUUUCAUUGCCGGCCGUACUUCGAGUCUUGGCAGUCCUGGGGAUUGAUGAGGCGGAGGACCAAAUUGUUCUGCCGAAACUGUCGGAAUUUCGUCGGCGUUGGUCAAGAGGACGGUGUCUCUUCUCCGGUUGGCUCUGAUAGCUCCAGCUCCGGCUCUGGAAACGGGGAGGCCGCGUGGAAGAAAUAUGACAUCAAGAUUAAGGCUCUGCAGCCAUUGUCUUCGGACAAUUGAGGCUGUGGAGUGACAUGGUGAUCGAAGAUCUUUCACAAUUUUGCUUCGAUCUCAUGAUCGGCAUGGAGGUGGAUCGGAGUGAGUAGUAUCUUUUUCCAGCUAGUUGCUUCUGAGGUUCUUGUUAGGUGUCUGCCAUUGAAGUGUGGUGGUGCGCUGUUUAAGGCCCCCAAGGUCAGAGAAAGAGGGUGCAAGUCUUUUGGUCCAUCACUGGCAGUUCUGAAAAGCUUCCGGGCCUCGAGUGUGUCGAGAAAAAGAGUGCUAGGAUGAUUUAGUAUCGAAAAAUGUCUAGAUUAGGUUCGGACUACGCUAAUAGGCUGUAGAUUUUAUCAACUGAUGCAACUGAAUCAAUGUUUCCAUAAUUGAAAGGGCAGUUUGGUGUAUAAAAUUCCUAUCAGGAUCCCAAGGAAGAUCAGACCUCAUUGGAUUU